AUGGCUUGCUUCAAACUUAAUCUCCUACUUCUUGCAUCUCUCUGUGCUUUCCUUCUCCUUUCCAACCCAGCGCACUGUAGUGACAAAGUGGACAGUGUACUGAAGGGAAUCAACAGCUACAGAGAGACAAAGAAUGUUGCACCACUGAACAAAAAUGACAAGGCAAGUUGUUUAGCUGAUGAAGUUGCUGAAGAAAUACAAGACACACCAUGUGAAAAAAUGGAGUCAUUCUACCUGUUUUUUCUCAACAAUUCAAAGUACACUGGAGUUGGACUUAAUUCUGAGGAUGAUUGGAUGGUUCUUGUUCUUACUACUACUACACCUACUGGAACUUUCUCUGCAGCAACUUCUCUUCAUGCUAAUCUUGUUUCGAUGGCUUUCUUGUUUGUGGUGAUUCUCAUCAUCAACUCCAAACCUUGA